AUGCUGUUCGUCAUCUCACUGAUACAAACCUAUCUCUUCCAAAUCGCACAUACAUCCUUAAUAACUACAGGCCUGAAUCACACAGCCAUCUCGCGAUACAGCAUACCAACAAACAAGCAGCCAAACUGCGAGGCUUUCCGCCCCGGCCCAGACACGCAUACCGUACCCGUUACCGAAUCUGACUGCAAGGACGCAAUAAACACGAUAGCUCUCGACUUCCCAGGACCAGAUCCAAUUGCUUUUUACACCGCCGGUCGUACGCCCCGAGAAUGGCGGCAAGCCAUGGUGCCGUAUGACAAAACCAUGGGAACGUGUGGAAUCGUCAUCGACCUAGUCGACGAGGCUCCAAUCAAGCUUAUCAGACCAGUGGACUUGGUGAGCGCGCUCGAGGGCGUGCAGAAUGCUUGUGUUGUCAAUGUGACGGCGUCGAUGGGUGGAGGCACCUUUCAGGAUGAUGAUGGUGGUAGUACGGUUUUCGUGGGGUUGUUUCCUAGCAGCUCAUAUUCGAGCCUGACUACCUCAUGA